ACAGCGCAACCCUCCUUUGUACAGAUCGGGCAUCGAAGAUAGCAAGUGGGUUAAAACUCUCCCACGGCACAUCUGCGGUCACAGGGAUUGCACAAUCCAUUUGUUUUCAUUAGGUGAAGUACAUCCAAAUAGUUUGUAAUUGGCAGAUGCAGCCAGAGUUCACUGUGUCCCGGGCUCAGUGCUGCAAGCCUGGGCUCGUAGGGUCCAGCAAACACAGAGCCGAUGACAUGGACGUUGUUGCUUUGAAGACCAGGAGACAGCAAAGAAAAGUAAGGAUGGUGUCUCUUCCCUGGAACAGCGGGACAGCUUCUUUGUUCAAGGCAUCCAGCACGCGUCCGGAGUGCAGCAUCAUGCAGGAGAUUGAAGAGGAGCGCAGCCAGUGCUUGGCAGAGCUUAUCGGGGAGAACCAGACUUCAGGUUGCAGAAGGCAAUGGGACAACAUCACAUGCUGGCCUGAAGCGGAGGUGGGAGAGGUUGUGGUACGUCCGUGCCCCAAGUACUUCAGAUUCCUCACCACAUUUCUCGGGAACGUGAGCAGGAAUUGUACGAGCCAGGGCUGGACGGAUGUGUAUCCUGCACCAUAUGCCAUAGCUUGUGGAUAUGAUUCCAACAGCACUCCAGGGGAAGAGCAAACGACGUUCUAUGGCACAGUCAAGACCGGCUACACCAUUGGACAUACCUUAUCGCUUAUUGCUCUCACAGCUGCUAUGAUCAUUUUAUGCCUCUUCAGAAAACUACACUGUACUCGAAAUUAUAUUCAUAUGCACCUCUUCAUGUCCUUCAUAAUGAGAGCCAUCGCAGUCUUCAUAAAAGAUGUCAUCCUAUUUGAAAGCGGAGAAUCUGAACACUGCUUUGUGAGUUCAGCAGGCUGCAAAGCCAUGAUGGUUUUCUUCCAGUACUGCGUCAUGGCCAACUUCUUCUGGCUCUUGGUGGAGGGGUUGUAUCUUCACACCCUGUUGGUCAUCUCCUUCUUUUCAGAGAGGAAGUACUUUUGGUGGUACAUCUUGAUUGGCUGGGGUGCCCCCUCUGUGUUCAUCACUGCUUGGACUAUUGUCAGGAUUUACUUUUUCGAUGUUGGGUGCUGGGAAGAAAUAGUGGAAUCCCCAUUCUGGUGGAUCAUUAAAACUCCUAUUUUGGUGUCUAUUUUGGUGAACUUCAUCCUCUUCAUUUGCAUCAUUCGUAUCUUAGUUCAGAAGUUGCAUUCCCCAGAUGUUGGACACAAUGAAACCAGCCAAUAUUCGAGGCUGGCCAAGUCCACCUUGCUGCUGAUCCCUCUCUUUGGCAUUCACUACAUCAUGUUUGCUUUCUUCCCUGACAAUUUCAAAGCAGAAGUUAAGCUGGUCUUUGAGCUCGUGGUUGGGUCGUUCCAGGGAUUUGUGGUGGCUGUUCUGUACUGUUUUCUCAAUGGGGAGGUACAAGCCGAGCUCAAGAGAAAGUGGCGGAGGUGGCAUCUGGAGCGGUUCCUGGGCUCAGACAUGAAGUAUCACCACCCUUCCUUAGGCAGCAACGGCACCAACUUCAGCACCCAGAUCUCCAUGCUGACCAAGUGCUCACCAAAGACACGCCGGUGCUCUGGCUUCCAGGCCGAAUUCUCUCUGGUGUGAUGGGGAGAGGCUCUUCAAGCACUGAGCAUCCAAGAGAAACUGAGAGACAGAAAGGUCCCCAGGAAUCAGUGAUAUGAUGACAAAUCCUUGUGAAAUGACAUGCUUUGCAUGAGCCAACAGAGGACACACAACUGGAAAAGCCACCGGCAUCCAGAAAAAUAUCAGAUGAGCCAAGAGGCAGAGAAACACUUUUCCUCUCCCUCUUUUCAGGCCUUUCACUCUGAAGUUUCCAGCCUUCAGGGGUUGAUAACUAUGAAAAAAGGUCCCAGUCAUUUGGGGAGAGCCUGGGAGACCCUGAUGUGUCAUAAAUGAUGACAUACUGGGCGGGGAGGGAGGGGAGAGCCUGAGUCCUUGGUGGCUUUACCAGAACCAACAUCUCUGAACCAGAAAAAUUGCACUUUUUAAAAAAAUGAGCCAGUAAAGGAGAGAGAGAGAGGCAAGAAGCCACGGGUGGUGGAGGGAAAGCCAAACAUAUGAAUGUGCCAAAAGUCCCCUUGAUAAGAGGUGGUGAUAAGGCACUGAAGACAAGAGUUGGGGAUGUGGGGAGAAGGGACAGGAGCAACAUGAGCAGGAAGGGGAGAAGCCAGCACACGGCCCCUGCCUCUGCAUAUUACACGUGUGAAGAUAAAGCUGCAGCACCAGGAAAGCCCCUCGGAGGAUGCCACAAUGCUGCAGCAUGUUCUGCUAAUUGCCUGCCAUCCUUAUUAACAAAAGCUUUCCAAGCACCCUCGAGUGCCCUCUGGAAAAGCAGGUCACUGAGAAGGCACAGCAUGACUGCCCUUCUCUGCGCUAUGUUCAUGCCAUCGUGUCUUGUUUGGUUGUUCUCAAUGACCAGGAAGCUCAAUUUGCAUGUAUAAAAAACAGGUACAGAUGCCAAUUGUGGAGCACAGCUGUGUUUUUCAUUCUUUUUAAGUUCGCCCAUAGGUCUUGGUGCACCCAGGAUCAUUAAGAAUCAGGGGAAAACAAUUGGUCUGUAAUUCGUUUGCACUUGCUGAGCACACACUGCCAGGAUAGGGAGAUGUGGAACCUCGUAAUCCUUAAUUGAAUCAGACCUGCCAUAAGGAGCCACACUCCAGGUGAAAAAAUUAGCAUUACAGCAGCAAGAAAAAUUGCUUCCAUCAGAACAAGGUUGUCUCAGCACAUAACUAGCACUCCAGGAGUCAGGAAGGUGUGAAGGAGCUAUUAAAUUGAUUUCUUCUUCAGCUUUUGCGGGGAGAUUUCAUCCUAUGAUGAAGACAUUGUUAGACUUUUAAGAUGUGCGCGUGUGUUUUACCUCUUUUCUGAAGGCCCAUUUGUUUCCAUAUAGGGGUGACCCCCAUUUGAAGAAUGCUUAUAGAUCUGUUAAAACCAAGGAAAUAUGUGUUUUCUUUUCUUGGUUGGGGUCUGAAUGAAAGGUGUGAAACCGAAUCCUGCUCAGACAUGCCAGGCUGGUCGCUCACAGGGCAUCCCAUGCAGCUCGUGCUCCCAGGGACUGCAUUUGAGACAAUCCUGCGAUCCCAGACUUGGUCAGCAGACAGGCAAGACAAGGAUGUGAGUGCUCAUGUUUGUGUGCCACCCAGUUGCAUCAAAUGGGGUUGUGCCAGUUUUACACUGGGGGUGGGAAAUCCCUGCCCAGCUCGUGUACAUUUAGUAAUUGGGCUGCUGUCAUCCUAGUAUAACAUGUCAUAGCACUGUCCUCGUGAAGCCAUGAAGAGUCUGGGACACCAGCGCAUGUACAUGGAAAGGAAGGUGGGCUUGUCUUUCAGAGUUCAGAGACCUCAGCUUAUCCACCAGGUACUAACAAUGUCUGGACCUCUUUUUCUUUGUAAUGAAAACUAGUUCAUUGGAGGGAAGCAUCUCUAACCUAGGGGUUUGGGGGUUGUUUUGCUUGCUUGUUUCCUUGCGUUAAGCAUCUGUGAUACACUGCCAACAAACCACACUAAGCCAGCACGAGUGUUGUAGUUCUGGACAUCCAGUUCCUUUCUCAGUUCUGAGAGGGCAAUUGUUCCGUGCGUAACCCUCCCUAGAGCUACGCCUGUUAUCCUCUGAGCCAUGAGCAGUGAGACACGUUGUGCAUUCUCCCUCUGGUCUUCACCUUCCUUUUCAACUCCUUGUGCUUGUAAAUCCAUCUGCAGGAGGACCUUCUGCUUUGUAUUUACAGCUUCUCUUCCAUUUCAGCCCUGUGCUAACCUGUGCCAGCAUCGACCAUAUGCCAAAGGCAGCAAGAAUGGGCUUGCAUUUUAGAGACAUGACAGGGAAAAAUUCAGCUGGCUCUUUACCCAUGCCACAAAGCCUUCUGCAACCUGUGAGAUUCACCACCAGGCUGUUCUGCACAGGACCCUGAAGACAGGAGGUGACCUAAACUGAGGGGCUCCUUCAAAAUGUAUCACCUACAUUAGCAUGCUGGGAACUGUGCCCCUGGGCAUCCUGCUUGCAAAUAUUUCAUCAUCGAGCAUCCAGCCACAGCGCCGUUACGCUGUCAAGGGUGUUUGAGAGACUAAGUGAAUGCGCUGCAUGUACCUGCUGCGACAGGCACGGCGAUACCAGUGAUGUGGGCAGUGCAGGGCUGCCAGCCCAGCUGCGCUUUCAGGAGAAUGGAGGAGUCGGGGGUGAAAUCAAGAGCUUUACACUCUGGGUAUAUGAGCAAUCAAGUGAACAAUGCCAUUCGGAUCAGGCUGUCUUUUAACUGGCUUAGUGCAGGAAUUUGGUCCGACAACUUGGCCUCCUCUACGCUGUUUUUCAUCCAGCUCAUCAAUAAAAUGGAGUUUGAGGACCCUGCUGCAACCACAAAUGACAAUCCCGGCUCUGUUGUCCUGAAGCCAUGCAGAAUGCAUGACACAGCGCUCAGGACUGGCAGCCCUGGUCACCAGUCUGGCCCCCUUAGCUCUGGUGUAAGGCAGGAACAACUCCAGUGAAGGCAACUGCAUUAACUUGCUGCAAAAUAAGAUUGAGAGGCAUACCGGGGUGUGACAGGCUUUGAGAUAGGUUUGAGAAUCAUCAAUUUGGACCCCAAAAAUCUUUUGGUCAAAUUCUCUGCCCAAAAUCCUUUGGUCAAAACUCUCAGGUCAAAUUCUGAUCCCACUUGCACCACCCAGUUCACUACGGUGACUCCUGAAUUACACCAGCAUUAAACUGGGAUUUGCCUUUAGAAUAAUUCCUUCCUCUUCAGCCUGGAACUGUUUACUCCCUUUUUAUACCAGUGAGAGAUCAAAACUCUCCUGUUAACUAGUCACUCUAUAUUUCAGUGAUUAAACUAUUAAAAAAAUUAUUAAGAAGUACAAGUCAAUUAAAAUAUAAAAAUUAAAUUAUUGUCUCAAGGUCUAGAGGUACACGGUUCAAUGCUAACCCUAGACUGUAGAUAUUUCUGUUCAGCUGGGAUCUAUAUUGCCCUGUGGCCCUUGUGUAAGCAGCAAGAAAUGAGAAUAUGACCAUGUUUAGAGUUUAAAAAAGAGCAGUAAAGAAAUUCUAGGCUGUUGCAGAAUUUCAGGGAAUUAACUUGAAACUAGUUUUUAAAAUCAGAGGUAUAUAUGCAGCAGCAUCAUUAUGGCAGUUAGAGAAUGAAAAAGGAAUCCCAGGGAUGUCCAGAAGACUAAACACCUGAAUAUUUCUUUUCAUUACAUUUCAUUUCAUUACAUUUUUUUGGCCUAGGAAACAGUUACAUUUGGCCUAGGAAAGGUGUUACUGGAGAAAAAGUGUUCUGUGCAUUAACUGGUGAGCAGAUUUACUUCAUUCUCAAGAUCCUGCUGGGUUCCUGCUCAGAAGCAAUGAGGGGGGUGUCUGUGUCACACAGCUAUGCGAGCGAAGGGAUUAAAACCAAAUCUCUGUUCCAAUCUGACAGAAGUACUUUCAGAGCGAGAUGUGCCAGCUGAUUAGCAAAAGACUGCCAGUGGUUUUUAAAAAGCAAAUUCCAAAGAAAUCUCAGGAGUGAACAUCGCUGGGCUCCAUGGAAGAGAUUAAAGGGCUUGGUGGGAUUACUUUAUCUCCAUUCCUUCCACCUUCACCAUGGUGUUUAAAUAAAGCAAACCCCAGUGGGUUUCUGCAGGAGAAAUAAGAAAUAUUUCCAGACUAAAAGGGAAUCUCUCAAACUUGGAAAUGCCAAUAACAUGUCUUUACGAAGCUUAUUUUAUUCUGUCUGUGCACGUUCAACUCGGUUUGAUAAAUGGCCUGUGGAAAUAGAUGUGGUAUCAGAAGCAAGGAGGUCAGGAAGCAAUGUUUCUUCUCUGGAAGGUGACUCAAACACCAAAGCCCACGUACAACAUGUUUCCUCCCCGCUGUUGCCCAGCCUCUCUGCUCUCAGGUAGAACACUGAGCUGAGGAAAGGAUCUUGACUGGGGUGUUGACGCAGCCCGGUGCUUCCUCCCAGGGCAUCCCCGCACCAAUGAAUGUGCCAAACUCUUGGAGACAAGGGCUACAGUCCUGAGCUCCUUGGCUCGCAAUGCAACUUUGCACUUUCCACACACCGAUGCUUAUGGUGGCAAAGGACCACGAUGCUGCUUGAUUGUAGAUGACCCUGGAAGAGCAGGAGGCCAAGCUCUUGGGCUCACGUAUACCCAUAUUGAUCUGGAAUGACUCUGCCGGUAUCAUUCUGGAACUAAACUGGUGUAAUAGGGAAAAGAGUCAAGUCAGAUGUCACAAAAUCCGGAACAGCAUGGAUUUAAAUCCAUUUUGUUUCAGUCACCUUUUCAUCCCCUCUUUAAACCCAGCAUUUAUGUGCCAGCCUGAUGAGGUAUAAUUACAGUGGCUGAUCUUGUUAUUUCCCCUGGAGACCUAUACCCUUGUUAAUUAAUUAGGAGUUUCUUGGGCCCACGGACCAUCUCUUCCACCUCUGAAUGUCCUAACAACUUGUUUGCUUGCGUGGUGUUGCGCUGUGUUCUGAAGAGCCCUGAGUUUGAAACCCUGGUUAUUUCUAGCAUACGGUGAAAUCACAAGGAAGAAGACAAGCAUUGGGACUUGAAACGCCGCAACAGGUCUGUACGGGAAAUAAUGCCCAUUUGGGUUCUGAGGGCCAGCCCUACAGGACACGCAAACCGGCAUCAGCAGAGCACGAGUGUUUUAUACCCCAAUUUUGUGGAUAUUGUAGAUUUGUACAUACAGGAAAUCUGAAUAGCGCAUUAAAAUAAAAACAAAAACAAAAACACACACACACACAUUUUUGAUACUCCGAUAAUGGUAAAUUAAGUUCAAAAAGGCACUUUUGAAUUCAAAAGUGCAUUUUUCAGACUCUGCUUGAGACACCUCAAGCUGUUUUUCAGUAGCUGGUGCCAACUGACUUCUCACCCAAACCGUAAGCACCUCUGCUCUGCCCUCCUGUACAUAGGCUUUGGCAGCAAAGAGUGAUGAAAACUGGCUGUGAACAGAGCAUCACUGUCUCUGUGGACUUUCAUGUACCUAGGUGCUUGUGAUGUGUUCUUCAUGCCAGUGAGAACAGGCCUGCUUGCUCAGCACAGGUGAUAUCUCCGCCUUGUUUCAUGGCCUUUUGCCCGAUGUUAUUUAUUUUGUUCUGACUCUGUACAUAUCUGAUGAAUUGGCUAUUUUUUCCUUUGUAUUUGGUUCAUCUCCUUGCUUCAGAGGAGUUUCUUCUCUGUGGUUGACACUGCUGAAAACAAGCAAUAAAACCAUUGUGAAGACAUUGUGUCUGA